AUGGUUUCCUUUAACCCGCUAAUAGGUGUUCGCGUAGCUACAAUAGGUCUUGUCGUUGGAGUCAUAUGUGCUGUGACUGUAGCAGCCAUCGCGAUUCCUAUUAUACUCAAGAACACAGAAGAUCCACAAAAGGUCGCCAAAGCAACACUUCGUGUAGCACUGGAUCGUCCUAUUGUUAACUAUGAAUUAGACCAGUUUUAUGAUAAACAAGCAACAUUACGUGAUCUAGUCCAGAGUCUCAACGAACAUUUUCGUCAGUCAAACUUAUCGGCCUCAUUCGUGAACUUUAUCAUUUUGAAGUUCACUCACCGACCGUUUUUAAUUGACCCUUUCGAGAAUGAAACGAUCCAAGAUCGUCCAUCAAUUGUUGCUGUAGAAGGAGUCAUCUAUUUCACUCAAAAUCAUACAGGAGUGGAGAUCCUAGCAGCAGUAGAUGAUUAUUCUCGAUAUGUAACUCUUAUCACUCGAGAUGGCAAACCUAGUAGCAGACUGGGAACAUUUUCUCGGUUGUAUUCAUUUGCCGCGAAUACAACAGGUGAUCAACUACCAGAGUUCAGGGCAAAAAAGUUAACGUCAAUUGACAUUAGUUCAGACGAGGAGUCCAUGGUGCCUGAAGAAUCAAUCUUGUUCCUAACACCGAUCAAAGACUCAUCUGAUAGUACAAAUGGAGUAACAUUACUUAGCACUGUGGCAACUACGACAAUAGGACCAAUUAGCUCAUCGGGGACAACCACUACCGGAACACAGACAUCAAGUUCUACUACGUUGACCGUAACCAAUGCAUUAGGCUGA